AUGGCCACGGGAAGGAUCCUUGGUCGAGGUCGUGUCCUAGGUAGCGCCAAAUCUGCAUCGUCGCCAUCCAACCAGUCCUCCCACUCAGCUCAUAACGGAAGUGGCAGUCUUCUCUCACCGUCUGGCUCCAUAGUAUCGUCAGCUUCAGAUGGAUCUCCCCCUAUCAUACCGCAAAAGCAAGACCUGGUAGCAAACGUGAGCUUAGAGACCACUGGCCACGUCGAUACUACGGCGUCGAGCUCGCGCCUCGUCUGUCCAAUAUGCAAUGAUGAGAUGGUCACAUUGUUGCAAUUAAACAGACAUCUCGAUGACAUGCAUGCGAACUUGGAAGAGAUUGAGCAGGAUGAGGUGAAGGACUGGUUCCGCGAUCAGCUUACCAAGGCGAAGAAGUUCCAGCCACUGGCCGUCCUUAACCAGAAAUUCAAGGGUUUGGACAUUUUCGAAGCUAAUGAUUCACCUCAACCUGCUGUCAAAAUUACAACAUCUGGAAGUGGUCAGGCGUCGCCAGAGCUUAUGGCACAACGAGUUCAGGAUCCGGAGGAGUCUGUGACGCGGACACAUUGGCAGAAACCGGGCUACAAUGAUUUUUGCGCUGAUCCCAUGUGUGGCAAGAAAUUGGGCGGCAGUAAUGGAAACAUAAAUUGUCGCAAAUGUGGAGCGCUCUAUUGCAACGAGCAUACAAUGUAUCAGAUGAAACUCUCACGGUCGGCUCGUCAUGAGCCUGUUCGGGGCAUUUGGUGUAGAGUUUGUGAGACAUGUUAUAAAUCACGAGAAGGAUACAAUGAUCACCGUGGCCAAGAGAGGGAUCACACUGACGACUUUAUGAAGAUGAGAAGACGCAUAAUCGAUAAAAAGUAUCUUGAGAUAAGCAGGCUGGAGAAAAGGCUAAGCAAGCUCACGCAUUUGCUGGCUACUACGACUCUUGAAGCUCAAAGCGCCAAUGGCAGUAUGGGCAAGAGCAGUAUUUUUGGUUGGACAAUUCCGGGAGGCCAGUCUUAUCAAAGAUCACUCGAACAAUCAGUUGUUCCAUGGGAAGACGAUUCCAAUGUUGUCCGAUGUCCGUUCUGUCAACAAGAUUUUUCCAAUUAUACUUUUCGGCGACAUCACUGUCGAACAUGCGGACGCGUAAUAUGCAGCGAUCCUAAAACUGAAUGCUCUGUGAAUGUCGCUCUCGAUGUUGUCAAGCCAACAGAAACGGCCGAAAAGACUGCUACGCAGAUACAACCCGUCUCAGUCAAGGUUCGGCUAUGUAAGGAAUGUCGCCAUACACUGUUCGCAAAAUCCGACUUUGAUGCCGCUGUCGCAGAGAAGCCACCAGAUCAACGGGCGUAUGAACAUUUAAUCGAGUUUGAGAGUGGAAUUCGCCUCCUUAUUCCUCGUUUUCAAAAGCUCUUAAGCGCAUUACAAGAUCCGGAAAGUCCACCGACAAAGAUGCAAAUCGACCAAGCAACAAAGACUCGGAAACGUCUCACGGACUCAUUUGUUCAGUAUCAGAGUGCAGCCACCAGAAUACGGGACCUUCCAACAAGCAGCCAAACCCAGCAGCGUUUACAAAAAGCUGUGUAUAGUCAAGCGAUGAGUUUCUUGCAUCUGCAUAUGCUCCCUCUUAAAUCAUUGCCUAAGAUCCUCAAACAUGCUACUCCUAUGGGGAAAGGCAGUGGUAAAGGCGCACUUGCUUUAAUUCAUUUAAAUAGUCAUCUUACUAUUGAUGCAGCAUCCCAGUCCAGCCGAAGCUCUGCAAUUGAGAGUAUGGAAACCGAGGAAAAAGAACUUCGCGAGAGGUUAAUUCUCCUCGAGGAACAGAUGUUUAUCGUUGGCGAAACAUUGAAUGAUGCACGGAAGAAGAGAAGAUUUGACGACGUGAAAACUUUACAAGUGAAUUUAGAUGAACUCAGUCGUGAGGCAGAUUUGAUUCAGAAGCAACUAGCAGGACUAGACUUUGCUAGCACAUAUGCAGCUGAACCAACGCCAGAGCUUCACUGCAAAAGCACAUACAUAUUUAGGCGCCUAAUUAGGGGAAACUCCUCUCCCCAGUGA